AUGGCUCGUUCCCAGAAGAGGAAAGAGGGUCAUCCUCAGGCUGUCCUGACCCUGCAGCCUGCCUGGGCACAGAUAUUCAUAGGAGAGACAGUCACCCUGAGCUAUGGAUUGGUGUUACUGCAGACUCCCCCCCAGCCUGUGUUUGAGGGAGACUCUCUGACUCUGAGGUGUCGUGUCUGGAGUUAUAAAGCUACCAGGGUUGCCUUUUAUAAGGAUAAUGAAGAGUUACAGUCCCGGGCUGACACAGAGCUGAAUGUGGCUCGUGUUUCAAAGAGUGACGAGGGGUUCUACAAGUGCAGAGCGGAGUGGUGGGACUUCACUUACUCUGGUGACUCUGCAGAGGUGCAGGUGACAGUGAGAGUGGACACUCCGAAGCCUGCACUGACCCGGGAGCCUGCAGGAGAGAUAUUUGAAGGAGACACGGUCACCCUGAGCUGUGUGGUUGAGGGGGGCUCUGGUGGCUGGAGAUAUCUCUGGUACAAAGACAGGCAGGGAGCUCCAGUGUACCAGACUGACAGCAGCAGUGGAACUGGAGCCGGAUACACAAUCAGUGCUGCUGCUCUGUCCCACAGUGGAGAGUACUGGUGUGGAGCUGGAUGGGGCAGGAACACGUCUUACUCACAAUACAGCCAUCCCAUAUGGGUAAAUGUAACUGCUCUGUUCUCCAGGGUGACUCUGACAGCAUCUCCAGGAGCCACAGUGAAGGAGGGAGAGGCUCUUAACCUGACCUGUGAGGCAGCAGUGAACAAAACCCCCCGCCCUGAACUCCACUACACCAUUGUGAGAGACGGGGAGCCUGUGACUAACAGCACUGACUCUGCACUGUACAGCAUAGCCAGCACUGAGAAGAGCCACACUGGGAGCUACACGUGUGCUGUGGAGUCACAGGGAGUGAAGAAGAGCAGCCAGGAGUUACACAUUGAACUGCAAACGUCCUGGCACAGCGCUGUUGCUAUUGGCUACAGAGUGAGCUUCACUCUGAUUCAUUUCAUUGUGUUCACUCUGCUGCUCCUUCAAUACUGCAGGAUCCAAGGUGAGACUCCCAGUCAGUGCACACAUUUCACCUGGCCUGUCACAGCACACAUGCAGGCUUCUUCUUAA